CGGAGCACGGGUCGGCCGGGGCGACAAUGGCGGGGCUUUUGGUAGGGGCUGUGUCGCGGGUCGCGGCCGGCCGGCGCGGGCGGCGGCCACCGCGGCAACUGAUGUGGAGCGCGGUGCUGUGGACCCUGAGGCAUGCUCCACACUGUUCAAGACCGUGCCUAAUACUGUCCCGUAGUCUCAGUUCGGUGGGAUCUGAUUCUAAGGAAAAAACUUUUGAUAAAAUUCUUAUUGCUAAUCGAGGAGAAAUUGCAUGUAGGGUUAUCAAAACUUGCAAGAAGAUGGGCAUUAAGACGGUUGCCAUCCACAGUGAUGUUGAUGCUAGUUCUGUUCAUGUGAAAAUGGCCGAUGAGGCUGUCUGUGUUGGCCCAGCUCCCACCAGUAAAAGCUACCUCAACAUGGAUGCCAUCAUGGAAGCCAUUAAGAAAACCAGGGCCCAAGCUGUACAUCCAGGUUAUGGAUUCCUUUCAGAAAACAAAGAAUUUGCCAAGUGUUUGGUAAGUUAGUAACUAAUCAGAAAAUGUUAACUUGUUUCAGAAUGCAAUUGUAGUGGG